GUGAUUCUCAGAAGUUGAAAAACAUGAACAAUCCUAAGUAGUAGUUCAGUUACGAGCUGAAGGACUGUGAAUACUUCUGAGCAUCAGCACGACAGAGACAAUGGACAGAACUACUAGCUCAGCAUCACCUCUUACUGAGAAUGGAGAGUCUUUGAGAGGCACCAACAUUGACAAUAUAUCCCGCAGUAUACGUACCAUGAGAAAUGUGUCCAUUCAAAUUACCAAUUUCACAGACAGGUACACCUUAUCAAACCCAAGGAUCUACACUAGCAGUGGAUGUUGUCUUAAUCCUCCUCAGCCUACAGUGGCAAGAAAGACCAGUGAAGCCUGCUCCUUUACCAAAACACGCUUUUCGGCACGCGGUUGUGUUGGAGUCCUGGCAUACAAGAUCCUUAAAGAUGAAGAGGACUUUGUCGGGGAUCUUGUCAUAAUGUUCUCUGUGCCUUAUGACUACAUUUGGUAUAAAAACUAUUUAGCUCUUGGUAUUUAUGAAAACCAAGUUUCAUGUGAUUCUGAUCUGCUUUAUAAAAUGUAUAACCUGACAGGUCCAUUUACCAGGAAAUGGGCUACAGGAAGUGAAGUCAUGUAUUCUGGACAAGGAGUUUGUGUGAAGGGAACAAUGUCCCCUGCAGGCAAUUCAAUAAUGAAAGUUGAAUUUCGAGAGUUGUAAUCACCAAAACUAGACAGACAUGAGCAAACCACAGCAGAUUCAACAUCAGGGGGUCAGUGAAGGAUGAUUGAAUAUGUCUAUAAACUAAUACACUCCUACUGAUAAUAUGUCUGAGUAUAUAACAAAUCAUGACAAUUAAGGAAAGAGAGUAAAGUGAUCAUACCAGGGCAAGCUGAAUUAAAAAUAACAAACUCAAUGCAGAUGAACACAGAUCCGGUAGCAGCUGGAAUGUAAGACCAUGUUAUCGUUCUGCAUAAAUAUAGUGACUGAUGAACACUAGUUCAGAAAGGUUUAUAGCACUGUUGAUGAUUAAGGCACAUAUCUGCUGAAGAAUGAAUUUGUCUUUAUAUUUUUUUCACCCACUAUUGCGUUCAGUAAUAUUUUUGCAGUUAUUGCAGUUUUCUAGUUAAAGUGAAAGAUUGUUAAAGUAAAAUAUAUUGAUACUAUGAAUUGUUUCAUUAUUAUGAGUCUUUCAAAGCUUAGUACUUAAUCCCAUCAAGCAUCGCUUAAAACACAAUAUCUGAUUUUUAAUAGCUGUCACACUGAAUUUUUUUUUUGUGCAUAUACAGUAUUUCA